GGCAAUAGACAGAGUCGAGUGGAACCAGACAGAGACGCGAGAAUGUCUCGCCGGCUGCGUCUCUACUUUGGGUCCAACCGCAGCAACACAGCUCCAGAGUUACAGGAAGUCGAGGACGAAGACCAGAAUACACAUCACACAGAAUACGACGUCGCUGGAUCGGGAGACAUGAUUUUCCAAAUGCGUCCGCAGAACCCGUCGCUUGAGGAGGACGCUCCUGUUUCUGGCGCUUUCUUAAAACGAAGCUCCUCCAUGUUUAUCCCGCAGCUCCAGAGCCAAACCGAACCGCCAAGGCCCACCAAGAGCACGUCCAUGCAGAUCUCCCUCCAGCGCUCGUCUACACCCCAGGAAGAUGUACAGUCCAUGGAUUCACCACCAGGAUACCCCCAGGAUCCAGCUCCGGCAUACACCGAGCCUGCAGAGGACUGGUUAUCUUCUCAAUCUGCAUUUUAUCGCAGAAGAGAAAGUCAAACCACUCUGAUCACGGAUCAGACUAACCCAGGAACGGAUCCUGCCCAGCCCAAGAGGCGAGUUUUCUGCGUCAGGCCACACGAUUUACAGAACGGACUCUCUCCUUCGGGAAUCGUCAACGAAGGGUCUCCAGGAAUCAGCAUCGGUAGGUUGUGUAUCCAGCGAAGUGCCACCAAUGGAUCUGAUGUCCAGCAGUUCAGAAUAGUUCCGUACAGCCAGGAUGGGCAAAACGGUGCCUGCCGUUGGUCUGUUCAGCCAACCACAGAUGGAAAUUCUGGUACUCGGAGACUUGUCUUCCAGCUCCAACAGGACAGUGGAAGAACCGUGGCUACAAAUGGCCAGAGAGAGGCGUCCGAGCUAGGCUGUAAAGGUGGCCGUGCAGUACGUUACCCUCGAAUCCGACUCGAGAGGAGCACCUCUCAGCCCUUACAACCUAGACAAGUACCAUCACGCCCUGGAUCUAUGCCUAACCUUCAUGCCCCCAUCUCCGAGAACGAAGUCGAUGAGGACGGAGCUCAAGGCUGCACCUUUAAGAUCAGGAAAGAACAGGAUCCGAGGCAGGCCAAGUUCAAGAUAUAUUUCAGCCAAGGAGGCACCCACAGGUCUAACUCGACACAGGAUAUUAGCUUUGGAAAAGGACCUACCUGGAAUGACCCAAAGGCUCACUCUGGUCUCGAUCGACACAGGAAUGGGCUUUUACACUUCGGACAGACUCGAGAUGACUUCCUGGGACAGGUGGAUGUGCCUCUGAAUUACUUGCCGACAGAGGAUCCGGCGAUGGAGCGGCCAUACACAUUUAAAGACUUCCUCCUCAGGCCAAGAAGUCAUAAGUCAAGGGUGAAAGGUUAUCUGAGGCUGAAGAUGGCAUACCUGCCGAAGAACGGUGCUCAGGAGGAGGAGAGCGGCGAGAUGAGGGAGGAGGCUGAGGGUUGGGAGGUGGACUCGGUAGAUCACGGCGGUUCUCGUCAUUCUCAGCAGGUCCUUCCUCCAUUGCCGGCAGGUUGGGAAGAGAAAGUGGAUAAUCUCGGCCGGACGUAUUACGUUAAUCACAACAACCGAACCACGCAGUGGAAAAGACCCAGCACAGUUGACAUGGUAUCUGAGACGGAAAGCGAUAAUCACCUGCAUCAGAUCAACCAGGAAGCGCACCGAGUGUUUCGCUCCAGACGUCAUAUCAGCGAGGACCUGGAGAACGAACACCUCGACCCCCGAGAGCUUGAUGAUCCCCUCCCCUCCCAGUCCUGGGACCCUAUCACAGAAGAGGAUUUCUCAGGGAUGAGUGAGGCUGUGGCUGGCCCCGCCCCCUCUGCCACACCCAUUCAUCAGUUCAGCACUCCAGAGUUUUCAGAGGAGAUCACCAUGAGACUGUCACUCACGCCUAACACCAACGGAGAAAUGGGCGGAGCGAACAACACCGGGUCUCUCCUGUCAUCCAGGUUGCGUUCCUCCAGUAUGACUGAUGGAGUGAGUGAUCAGGCUCAGACUCCCUCGCCUAUGACGUCGCAGUCCAGACGAACCCGAGCCCAAACGGUCACAGGCCUAGAGCAGCCCAUGUCCCUGCCUUCAGGUUGGGAGGAGAGAAAAGACACCAAGGGCCGAACUUAUUACGUCAACCACAACAACCGGAGCACGACGUGGACACGCCCUAUUCUCCAGCACACUGAGGAUGGAGUGAGUUCUACUGCAGGAGCUGUAGGAGGUGCUGUAGCUACUACACCUUCAUCCAGCGGCCAUCUUAGUGAACCCCAAAUACGCCGACCUCGUAGCCUUAGUUCCCCCACAGUCACCCUGUCCACUCCUCCAGAGGGAGCCAAUAGUGUGCCGCAUCCUCGGGCGGUGAAGGACACACUCUCGAACCCGCAGUCGCCUCAGCCUUCGCCUUACAGCUCGCCCAAAUCCCAACACAAGGUCACUCAGAGUUUCCUGCCCCCAGGGUGGGAGAUGAGGAUCGCCCCCAACGGACGGCCGUUUUUCAUCGACCACAAUAGCAGGACGACCACAUGGGAGGAUCCACGUUUAAAGUACCCCGUUCACAUGAGGGUUAAAGGAGCGCUGGACCCCGGCGACCUCGGCCCACUUCCUCCGGGAUGGGAGGAGCGAGUCCACGCAGAUGGAAGAACGUUCUACAUCGACCACAACACGAAGAACACACAGUGGGAAGACCCUCGACUACAGAGUCCCGCUAUUACAGGACCGGCCGUGCCAUACUCGCGAGAGUUUAAACAGAAGUAUGAUUACUUCAGGAAGAAGUUAAAGAAGCCAGCGGACAUUCCUAACCGUUUUGAGAUGAAGCUGCACAGAGGCAGUAUAUUCGAGGAGUCCUACAGGCGGAUCAUGUCUCUGAAGAGGCCGGACGUUCUGAAGUCCCGCCUCUGGAUCGAGUUUGAGUCGGAGAAAGGGCUGGACUAUGGGGGCGUGGCCAGGGAGUGGUUCUUCCUUAUAUCUAAGGAGAUGUUCAACCCUUAUUAUGGGCUGUUUGAGUACUCUGCCACAGAUAACUACACGCUCCAGAUUAAUUCAAACUCAGGGUUGUGUAACGAGGAUCAUCUCUCGUACUUCAAGUUCAUCGGGCGAGUGGCGGGCAUGGCGGUGUAUCACGGCAAGCUGCUGGACGGUUUCUUCAUCCGACCUUUUUAUAAGAUGAUGCUGGGAAAACCCAUCACAUUGAAUGACAUGGAGUCAGUGGACAGUGAAUACUACAACUCACUGAAGUGGAUUUUGGAGAACGACCCGACGGAGCUCGACCUGCGCUUCUGUAUCGAUGAGGACAACUUCGGGCAGACAUACCAAGUGGAUCUGAAGCCGAGCGGGUCUGAUCUGGUCGUCACCAACGACAACAAGAAGGAGUAUAUCGAUUUGGUGAUACAGUGGCGGUUUGUGAACAGGGUACAGAAACAGAUGAACGCCUUUAUGGAGGGAUUCACAGAACUGAUUCUCAUCGACUUAAUUAAGAUCUUCGAUGAGAACGAGUUGGAGUUGCUGAUGUGUGGUCUGGGUGAUGUGGACGUUAAUGACUGGAGACAACACACCGUGUAUAAAAACGGCUACUGUCCAAAUCACCCCGUCAUCCAGUGGUUCUGGAAGGCCGUGUUGUUGAUGGACGCUGAGAAGAGGAUUCGGCUGCUGCAGUUCGUCACAGGAACGUCUAGAGUUCCUAUGAAUGGCUUUGCUGAGCUCUAUGGUUCGAACGGGCCGCAGUUGUUUACCAUCGAGCAGUGGGGGACCCCAGACAAACUCCCCCGUGCACACACAUGUUUUAACCGUUUGGAUCUGCCAGCUUAUGAGACGUUCGAUGAUCUGAGGGAGAAGCUGCUGAUGGCUGUGGAGAACGCACAGGGCUUCGAGGGAGUCGACUAGAGAUACACACACACACACACACACACACACACACACACAGUCGAAUCUGAGGCCCGGAGCCUUUUAUCAGUUUUGUGUGUGUGUGCACAUUGAGACUGAACUGAGACUUUACGCUACACUACAGCACAGUCCUUUAACUCUCUAUCUCUCUCUCUCUCACUCUCCCUAUCUCGUUCCCUCGCUCUCUCACUCUUUCUCUCUGGGGUGCUUUUACUCAUCUCUCUUUUCAGUCUUUAUUUCUCUUUAACUCUCCUGUCUUUUUCAAUCCCUCAAUCUUUCUUGCUCUCAGACAAUUGACGACCCCCCCCCCCCCCCCCUCCAUCUACACCGGUUCACAAAGGAUUAUGAGUAGUGAAGGUGCAGUAAUCGGUAAACCCACAUCAGGUCUUAUAAACACCAGAUUACCUUAGACGAAGAAGAGCGACGAAGAGCCACUCCUCCUCUUCCUCCUCCUCUUCUUUCUCACAUCUACUUCGCUCUUCUCUUCUUCCACGCUGGGGAUAUUUUUUUAAAUCUUUCUUUUCUUUUCUUUUCAAAACACGGAAGUAAUCAUCAUUUUUAGAUUUUUAUCAGUUAUUAUCCGGAUGAUCUUAUCACGUUGGCGUUUGUAUCGAUAAUGUACGUGGUUUACAAUUUUAGGUUAAAAAAAAACAAAAAAAAAACAAAUAAAGAGAUGAAUGAAUACUGCAUGGUGAGCUGGCCGGGCUGUAAUGGGAUUACGGCCGACUCCCUGAUCAGUGUGUUAGUGCUGAGGAAACUGGCAUGAACAUGCGUGUAUGUCGUGUUAUGGAUAUGAUUACGUAGUAAUUAAUGCUGUUUUCCUGCUCCCCUGGAACUGCCGGGGAAAACUGAGACGCCGUGUAAACGACGCUUUUCUUCACAAGUGUAUUAUUAAUAUUCUUACAAUUAUUAUGCUGUUUGUAAAUUUUUUUGAGGUUUGAGGAAGAAAAAAAACAAGCAAACAAACGUUUAACUGAGUCACUGUAUGUAUUAAAGCUUCUGUAAGUAUUAACAGCAUGAAUGAAGAUGUGAACGUUCUGACUGCUGCAGAUUUUUAGUACUGAAACUCCUCGUUCUGUCACGUUUCUUUUUAUCCCCCCCAACCCCCCCCCUUUUUAUUAUUUAUGUCCAUUCUAACAUCACUAAAAGCUGUAAGGGCACUUUAUCAGUCACUCGCGAGCCUUGUGGGUCGACUUUUUUUUUUCUCUUUUAUUAAUAUUAACUUGAAUGUGACUUUGCUAUAAUAUCAAUGAUAUCUUUUCUGUUUCGAGCACACAAACGACACGGUGCAAUACUCUCGUCUGCUUUCUGACGCUCACCCCGGCCUCGCAAACAUCUGAUCCGGGGUCAGUUUCGCCCCCAAAGUCGUAAUGACAUGGAUCAGGACUGUAAAAAAGGGUCAUUGUGGAGCAGGUUCUCUGAAUCAGUUUCUUGGAAUUCGAUUCUCUGGUUUAGAUUCUCUGAAUCAAUUUUUCGGAAUCAGAUUCUCUGAAUUAGAUUCUCUGAAUUACAUUCUCUGAAUCAGAUUCUUUGAAUCAAUUUUUCUGAAUUAGAUUCUCUGAAUCAAUUUCUCUGAAAUAGAUUCUCUGAAUCACUUUAUCUGAGCCUUUUAUUUCUCUUACUUGGUUUCUACGCUUUCUCUUUUCUGCCGGUCACAGCGUGGCUCAGCCGAUUUUUCUGAUCUACUCUGAUGUUAUUGUUAUCUUUCUUUCUUUUCUCUCUGUCUCUUUUGUAGAGCCUGUUGUUUUUGUAUCGAUGGGGAAUGUUCACCCUUGCAAUUCGUAUAACUUGGUUCAAAUUAAAACUGAGGAAUGAAACUCUUA